UCUCUCAGGCUUGCACGCUCGCUCUUGAUGUGCGAGCGAAACAACAACAAACAAGUUACAAGUUCCAACACAAUUCCAUCUUCAUUUAAUACAAAACUGGAGCUAGACUCCAGCAAAGACGACACCAUUCACUCCGCAAACUUGAAUAAAAAACUCGUCAAGAUUAAAAAGUUCAAGCUGGACGAUAUGAAGGAAAUGGUGGGCGGCUGUUGUGUUUGUUCGGACGAGCGGGGGUGGCCGGAGAACCCGCUCGUCUACUGUGACGGCCAAAACUGCAUGGUUGCCGUGCAUCAGGCAUGCUAUGGCAUUGUGACGGUCCCCACCGGACCCUGGUAUUGUCGAAAAUGUGAAUCCCAAGAGCCCGCUUCCCGCGUCCAUUGCCAUUUGUGCCCCUCAAAGGAUGGGGCGCUCAAGAAAACAGAUCAAAACAAAUGGGCACAUGUCGUGUGUGCCCUGUACAUACCCGAAGUGCGAUUCGGUAAUGUGACCACCAUGGAGCCAAUACUCAUGUCGCAGAUACCAGAGGAGCGUUUCCACAAAGCCUGCUACAUAUGCAUGGAGAUUGGGAAGUCAGGACGUUCCACUAAGGGUGCCUGCAUGCAGUGCAACAAAUCAAAUUGCAAGCAACAAUUCCAUGUCACAUGCGCCCAAAGCUUGGGUCUGCUCUGCGAGGAGGCUGGCAACUAUUUGGAUAAUGUCAAGUACUGCGGCUAUUGCCAGCAUCAUUAUAGCAAACUGAAAAAGGGCGGCAACGUCAAAACCAUACCGCCAUACAAACCCAUACAACAUGACACCUCAUCCGAUUCGUGUUCGUCGCCCGAAAAGGAUAUUGACUCCACAAUGAAUGCAGCAGCUACCUCGGCAACGAGCAUUAAGAUAACCAGCAGCAGCAGUAGCAGUAGCGCCACCAGCAAUGCCUUGAAUGCCAGCACUUUGGUGGCAGUCUCUGGAGGCAGCGGCAGUGGUGUGUCCUCAUCGUCCAAGCAGCGAAAGAGCAAUGCAUCGGGCAAGUCAUCGAGUAGCAGCAGCAGCAGCUCCUCAUCAUCAUCCACGGGAGUGGUGAAUCCAUCCUCCAGUACCGCUAUCUCGGGCGGUGCCAGCAAUCUGCCAGUCGGAGGAAGCCUACUACCAUCGAGUAGUAGCACUACUAAUAUUAGUAAUAGUACUAGCACCAGUCUGCCGGCUGGCACUGGAGCAGCAGCAGCAGCUGCUGGCGGUAGCGUGGCCGGUGGAAGUACAAGUGCAAUAAAUCUGCCUUCCUCUGGCAGUGGCUCUGGCUCACAGAAGGCCUCCAACGCCAGUCAGUCGACAACAUCGACAGCCGCCACAACAAAAUCUUCGGCCAGCAGUUCGAGCAGUAGCAGCAGCUACAAGGAUAAGCAUAGCAAAAGCUUGAGCAAGCAAUCAAAUUCAAGCAAGGAAAAGGAUAGCAGCAAGGACAUCGGAAACAAUCCCCCUAGCAGCAGCACAAUAAGCAGUUUCUCCAAUUCAACAGCCACCUCAACAUCUACCAGCUUUUCUUCGUCGCGAGAAAAGUCAUCAUCGAAAUUAUUGAAAAACAAGGACACGGCCAUUCAAAUGCCGGGUGCCACAAGCAGCAGUUCGAGUAUCAGCGCAUCCAACACCAGCAAUACCCAGCUCAGCAACAGUUCGUCAACCUCAACAGCCGCCAAUGGGUCUGGCGCUGUAAGCAGCUCUGUGACUGCCAUAUUUUCCGCUGCAGCUGCCAGUCACUCGAAUCAUGCCCAGAACCUCAGUACGAAUGGAGGAGCAGCAGGCAGCAAUGUAGGCACACAUCUGAAUGCCAGCAGCAGCAGCACGGGAUUUGGUACAGAACUGCGUCCAGGCAGCAGUAGCGCUUUGAAUGACUCUUCUUCGGCCUUUGCGGCAAGCAGCAGUGCAGACACUUUGCCAGGCGCUGGUUCGUCUGCAAGUAAUAUGUCUGCAGUCCUGGGCCAGAAUUUAAGCGGAGGAGGAGGAGCAGUCUCCUCCACUGUGGCCACCAAUUUGACCACAAACAAGACAUCAUCAUCGUCUGCAGCAGCAUCAACGUCGUCUUCCUCCAGCAAUCCCACACAAACCACGAGUGUGGCAUCCAAAAAACGAAAAGCCGAUUCGGUGAAGCAGUCAAGCGGCAGCGGCCCCCCCAUUAUCGCCCCAUCGGUUUUGGACGAUAGCAAUAGUUCAUUUCGUGAAAUAAUCAAGGAUCCACACGUGACUCUGACGGCACUAACAGAUUUUGAAAAGGAAAUAGAAAAGAGCUCCAAGAGGCAACGAACGGAACUUAGUCCGCCGACCCAUCAAACAUCCGCCACAGCUGAAGUGAAUGCCACAUUGGCACCCGCCACAACCGCCACAAUAGCUGCCACAGCGAGUGCAACGGCAGCAGUGACAUCAAUAGCGAGUGGAACCACAACGAGCAGCAGCAGCACUUUGGGCAGCAAUGCCACAAGCAGCAGCACAGCAGGAGGAUUGGCUACAUCACCAGCUGUGGGCGGAGGAGCAGCAGGAGUGGGUGCCAGUGGCUAUCCAAAGACAGAUUCGAGUAAAGCCAAUACCAGCGGAAGCAGCAGCAAACACGGCAGCAGCAGCAGCAGUAGCAGUGGUGGUAUUAAGGAGAGCAGCAAUAGCAAUCCGCCUCCACCUGCGAGUGGGAGUGGCAGCAGCAACAGCAAUGCCCCCAGCCUUUAUGUCUCUGUGCCGCUGUCGACGGCCAAUGUACCUGGAAUCAAUCUGCCAUCGAGCAACAGCAGCAGCACCACCACCACGAAUCCCAGCGGUGAUCCCCAUGCGGUGGCAACUUCACGCAGCACCCAACAGCAGACUGCAGCUAAUCUGUCAGCACUGAGUGCGGCAGGAGCUGCAGGAGGAGCGUAUGCAACAGCAACAAGUGGCGCCUCAACGGUCAUUCAGCAUCAGAGCGGGAAAUCGUCACCGGCUCUGGGCGGCAGCGGCUCCCUAGUCAGCGGUAAUAGCGGUGGCAGCAUUAUCUCCGCCAGCACGGGCAGUAGCAGCAGCAGCAGCAGCAGCGGCGCCCUGUCCACUGGAAAUCUGACGGCCACCACCACAGAGAGUGGGAACCUGAAGAUCAGCUACGAGAAGCAGACAACGCGUGUGCAACAGCUGCAAGAGCAGGAGGCACCGCCAGCGACGUCGCGCAGAAGCAGAUCGCGCUCUGGUGAGAGCAGUGGCACCAGUAGUCAUCAUCACCAUCAUCAUCAUCACUCGCAGAACCACCACCACAGCAGCAAUAUUGUCCCCCCACAUCAUUCAGCACAGGGGCUGCAGCAGCAAUUGCAACCGCAGCAGCUGACAUCGCUACAAUCGUUGCACUCUGCCGCAAGCGCAGGCAGCACCUCUUUGACCACCCCCAAUACACCCGUCAGUAGCUCUGCCACAAACGCAACGAACACCAAAGCCCCAUCGGGUGGACGUUCGGGUAAAAAGCGUGGAGCGGCACUCAAUAAAAACGAAACCAAUGCCACGGGAGCAGCAGCAGCGGCAGGCAAUGUUGCAGCAGCUGCAGGCGCAAUCGUAGCGGAGAAACAGAGUCGUCAUAGUUCGCCACAUCAAUCGCCAAGUGCUGGUCUGCCUGGAGGCAUUGCAUCGCCUGUGGUGCUGUCACUGUCCUCAUCGCAAUCGUCGAUUGAUUCGCCACCCGCAGUGGCAGGAGGCGUAGCCACAACCACAACACCCACCCCUCCAAACAGUCGCAGCACACGCAACAGUAGCAACAGCAUUCUACUGCAUAGCAAUCAUAAUGGGGAUCAGACCUCAUCCUCUUGCUCCUCAUCCUCCACAUCGUCCUCGUCCAUGUCCUCGAGUGGGGGUGUGGUCCCAGUGGUGAAUCUUCUGGAUUCCCCCGUCAAUAUGUCGACAGGGCCAUCGACAGUGGGUUACAGAGGGGGCAGCACGAUCACUGCCAAGGGAACAACUCCUGAAGGGAACGGGAACUUUGCCGGAAGCAGCAGCAGUGGCACAACCAAGCCUUUGAAUAAGAAAAUGCUGCGUGCACAGCAAACGCAAUUGUUCCAACAGCAGCAGCAACAACAGCAACAGCAGCAGCAGCAGCAACAACCACAGACAUAUGCACCAUUAAUACCCGCUAGAACCACAUCCCCCACAAAUCUAACCUCAGCCUCAUCCUCCACCUCAAGCUCAGCCACACAACAACAGCAGCAGCAGCAGGCACAGAAUCAACAUGAAGAUCUAGAAAUAUUACAAUUCACUAAUUCGAUUCCUACCAAUCCUUCUUCCACAUCCGCGCCAACAACAACAACGAUCACGAAAUCGAACAGAACUCCGGAUCUUGCAACAACAUCGGCCGCAACGACAUCGUCAUCACUGCCAAGCACAACAACGCUAACGAAUCAAGCGUCGAACCAAUCGAUGAUGCCCCUUGGAGGUGGCCUCAAGUUCACCUACGAGAGUCAGACGCAGCAGCACCUGGAUGUGGCCAUGCUACCGGUAAGCUCCAUCAAGGACUCGCCACCCAGUUCGCCCGGAUCAGAGAUUGGUGGCACAACGCAGUUGCAUACGGCAGCAGCAUUAAGUGCCACAGCUGUGGCUGUACCCGCUCCCCAGCCAGGAAAUGUACGCAAGCGUGGACGCAAGGCCAAGGAAUCGACGAUAGCGGCAGCAGCAGCAGCAGCGGCAGCACAAGCAGUAGCAGCAGCUGCCACAAACGUACAGCAGCAGCCAGAUCUCAAGGAUGUGCGCAUCCUGCAAAAUGGAGCUGCCAGCAGUGGUCCGAUAAGUACACCCACGCCGCCGGCAACGCCUGCAUCGUCUGGGGCGUCGGCGAGUUCGAUCAUUGCGCACACGGCCACCCAUAUGCUGGGCAAUCAUGUGAAUCCCAAUAGCAGUGUGGCCCAGAAGCUAUCGGAGCAGCUGCACAUGGAAGUGCAGGAUCAUGCCGUCUACACGAGUGACUCGAUGAGUUCGCAAUUCGCGGGAGUGCCAUUCCCUGGGAAACAGCGAAAUAAUACCAGUGCCGCUUCCAUGAAUGCCGCACCCAUAGCGAAUCCACUGCAAUCAAUGUUUAGCGGUGCCGGAAUGAAUAGCAACAUGUCGAUACCCCAAAGCUUAGAGCAGCUGCUGGAGCGCCAAUGGGAACAGGGCUCACAGUUUCUCAUGGAGCAGGCGCAGCAUUUUGACAUUGCAUCCCUGUUGAAUUGCUUGCAUCAGCUGCAGAGUGAGAAUCUGCGUUUGGAGGAGCAUGUGACCAGCCUGAUAGCGCGACGUGAUCAUUUGCUGGCGGUGAAUGCCCGCCUACAGAUCCCACUGAAUCCGAUCGCCAACAAGGCUGAGGCGCAUGGUAAGUAGAGAAGGCAUAACAAUACCAUGUCCGAUCUCUCUUGUACUUGGUGUCGGCACAUACACACACACAUGACACAACAUGGCACUUGGCACUAGAGGAGGAUUGUCAUGCCAGGCCAUCCAUCCAUCCCACAAACAUUCAAACACACACACACAGCCACUGAAAACAGACCAAAUUUAUAAGUUUAUUAUUUGAAUUUUUGUUUAUAAUUUGUUUGUCUGUUGUUCGUAUCCGUUGUACAUACAAAUUGCACCUGAAUCAAUCGAUAUGAUAUGGAUAGUCUUAAGUUAUUCAAGUUACUCCUAAGUUGAUCCUAAGUUAACAGUCAAACUUCAGAUAAAAUGUAUAUAAUAUACAACUUACACACCCUACA